AGCGUGGUUUGUUGUUUAUUGUUUAUGUUUUGAAUUUGAACCAUUUAAUAAUUCCAAUCACCAACUUGCUACUCGUUUAACAAUGAAUCUAAGCGAUAUCAUACAACAAUAUUCUAAUAUAGCAAUAAAGCUACCACCGGUUAAUAUAACAUAUAUUAAAACAUCAUAUUCCGACGAUUAUCAGGAGAUUCCGAGUGAACCUAAGCAUUCGCAAAUCAACUGCUGUCAACCUUUCGAAGCGACGGGCGUGUUCGAGUAUGCAAUAAAUAGCUACAAAAUCAUUGCCCAAGGUGAAGAUAUUAAAACCGUGUACGACUUAACACUCACAACCGAAUCCAGAACUGAUCAUGCAUACCAUCCUGGCGACACAGUGGGAAUAUUGACAAAGAAUUUCGACAAUGAUGUGAGCAAUUUAUUGAAUCAUUUGGAAUUGGAAUCCUUUGCUGAUCGCACCAUCCGAAUUGAAAUUGACCCUUCCACCAAAAAGAAAGCAGCAAAACUUCCGUCGUACGUACCAUCGACUGUACAGAUCGUAAAGCUUUUCACGGAAUGUCUUGAUCUGAAAGCAAUUCCCAAAAAGUUAUUCAUUCGAGCUCUGCUAGAUCACACAACAGAUGAAAUAGAACAGAAAUUCUUAUCGUUGUUAUGCAGCAAAGAAGGACGGGUCUACGAUGACAUUAUCCUGGAGCCAAGGUUGAGUUUCAUCGCAUUACUAAAGAGUAUUCCAAACUGUAAACCACCCAUAUCGAUCCUAAUAGAGCAUCUACCACGUUUAAUGCCACGCCCAUAUUCCAUUGCUAACUACCACGAUGGAACAGGACAGCAAUCGCACAAGCUAAGAAUAAUUUUCUCACUGAAUGAAGAUCGCCCAGGGUUGACAACUACAAUGCUGAGAAAAUGUUGCCUCGAUAGACAUUCCAUAUUUCUAUACUUUAGAAAAUCGACGCGAUUCGUCUACGUGGACGAUGAUAUUCAAAACGAAGUUGUCAUGGUAGGAGUAGGCACGGGAAUUGCACCGUACUUAAGUUUUCUCGAGAAACGGUCCCUGGCAUUGAAGCGAAAUGCGCUGAACAACGCAUGGCUCAUCGCUGGAUUCCGGUACGAGAAGUCCAGUUACAUUUGCCGCGACGAACUUGAACAAUACGGUAAGGAAAGGAUUCUGAGUAAUCGCACGGUGGCAUUUUCGAGGGAUCCUGGAGCACAGUUUCGCUACGUUCAAGACUUGAUGGAAGCAAAUAAAGAAGCAUUGGUAAAGUUGCUUUGUAGUGCCGACAGUAAGUUCUACGUUUGCGGCGAUGGCAAAAUGAUGUUGCCUCAAGUCGGACGUAAAUUAUCCGAGAUAGUCAGUUCUGUUCAAGGUAUCACGCAGGAGGAAUCCGAUUCCAUCAUUACUGAACUUAAAAAGUCGAACAGAUACAUUGAAGACAUUUGGCUUUGAGUCUUCUUACUGUGAAAUAAAAAUCAACCAUGUUAAAAAUCU